GAAGAGGCACUCCCUUAUAGGGACUCAUAAAGGCAUAGAGCAUCUAGAGAUUUACUGCCUCCAUUACGCUGCUGGCUCUCACAGCACUUGUUAUGUUUUUAUCAGUUUCUCUCCAGAAGAGAUUGGAAACCCAAGUGCCUACAGAGGCCAGGCUGGUGGGAAUGAAGCAGGAAGCCACUGCACUGAACUGGAGAGCCAAGUCCUUUCUGAAGGAGCAGUCACUGCUCCGUUCCAGAUAAUUGUUGCAAGGCAGGAAUGUUGACCUAGUAUUACCACAUCAUCCAGUCUCUCAGGCUACAUUAUUGGAAUUUUGAAGACAUGAAAACAUCAGAUGAACCAACCUGCAACAUCUUGGAUUCAGAUUGGAAGAUGAAGAGAAAGUUUAAAGAAUGUGGCCUCUAAAGGCGGGUAGUACCUGGAAAUAUUAACCGACUCACACUGUAAAAAUGAGACCGGUUUCUAGACAAUAGAGGUUAUUUUAGUCUGACAUCAAGGUUCAAGACAAAAUGUUGAACUAAAAACUUUACACUCCUCCCCUCCCCCACUUCAGAGAGGUACCAGCAUUGGUGAAUAUGAUUUUCCUUAGUCAGAAGCACUCAUUUUUACCCAUGUAGACCAUCCUUAGGAAUUAAAUAUUGGUUAUUUAAUGUAGAUUAUAAUGGGAAACUGAUUUUUUCCACAAUGGCAGAUUUCAAGGACUUGGUUCCAAACUGAGCCGAAGCUUCCCAAUGCAUUUUGUACAGUCUGGGAAAAACUGUGCUGCACUGGCCAUUUUUGAAGGCCAUCAUGCCCUGUAAUAUAAGGAUAUCAUCUUAUUGCUGAUAUCUUUGGAAAGUCCCAAGCAGACACAGAAAAUGAAUGGAGGCAAGGACUGUGACGGAGGGGACAAAGAUGGAGGUCUUCCAGCUAUACAAGUUCCUGUGGGUUGGCAGCGUCGUGUGGAUCAAAAUGGAGUGCUUUAUGUCAGUCCCAGUGGGUCUUUAUUAUCUUGCUUGGAGCAGGUUAAAACAUACCUGCUUACUGACGGAACAUGCAAGUGUGGCUUGGAAUGUCCUCUUAUUCUUCCCAAGGUGUUUAAUUUCGAUCCUGGAGCUGCUGUGAAACAGAGAACCGCAGAAGAUGUUAAAGCAGAUGAAGAUGUCACAAAGCUAUGCAUACAUAAAAGAAAAAUCAUUGCAGUGGCCACACUUCAUAAGAGCAUGGAAGCCCCACAUCCUUCUCUGGUGCUCACCAGUCCUGGGGGAGGAACAAAUGCAACUCCAGUAGUACCUUCUCGGGCAGCAACUCCAAGAUCUGUAAGAAAUAAGUCGCAUGAAGGAAUUACAAAUUCUGUAAUGCCUGAAUGUAAGAAUCCUUUCAAGUUAAUGAUUGGAUCAUCCAAUGCCAUGGGAAGGCUAUAUGUACAAGAACUGCCUGGAAGCCAGCAACAAGAACUCCACCCCAUCUACCCCCGGCAGAGACUGGGCAGCAGUGAACACGGACAGAAAUCUCCAUUCCGUGGCAGCCAUGGAGGCCUCCCCAGCCCAGCAUCGUCAGGUUCCCAGAUAUAUGGAGAUGGCUCAAUCUCUCCAAGGACUGACCCACUUGGAAGCCCUGAUGUUUUCCCAAGAAAUAAUCCUGGUUUUCAUGGAGCUCCCAAUUCUAGUCCUAUUCAUCUAAAUAGGACUCCUCUUUCUCCACCUUCAGUAAUGCUACACGGUUCUCCCGUACAGUCAUCCUGUGCAAUGGCUGGAAGGACUAAUAUACCUCUUUCCCCAACCUUGACUACAAAGAGUCCAGUAAUGAAAAAACCAAUGUGUAAUUUUUCAACUAAUAUGGAAAUACCACGAGCAAUGUUCCACCACAAACCACCCCAAGGCCCACCUCCCCCUCCUCCACCUUCUUGUGCUCUUCAGAAAAAGCCAUUAACAUCCGAGAAAGAUCCACUUGGCAUUCUUGACCCUAUUCCCAGUAAACCGGUGAAUCAGAACCCUGUUAUCAUUAAUCCAACUAGUUUCCAUUCAAAUGUCCACUCUCAGGUACCUGUGAUGAAUGUAAGCAUGCCUCCUGCUGUUGUUCCUUUGCCAAGUAAUCUCCCUUUGCCAACCGUAAAACCUGGUCAUAUGAAUCAUGGGAGUCAUAUACAAAGAGUUCAGCAUUCAGCUUCAACCUCCCUGUCCCCUUCUCCAGUGACAUCCCCAGUGCACAUGAUGGGGACUGGAAUUGGAAGGAUUGAGGCAUCGCCCCAAAGAUCACGCUCAUCUUCCACAUCAUCAGAUCACGGAAAUUUCAUGAUGCCACCUCUAGGACCCCAGGCCACUUGUAGUGGUAUUAAGGUUCCACCCAGGUCACCAAGGUCAACAAUAGGGUCCCCAAGGCCAUCAAUGCCAUCAAGCCCUUCUACCAAGUCCGAUGGACACCAUCAGUACAAGGAUAUCCCUAACCCAUUAAUUGCUGGAAUGAGUAAUGUACUAAAUUCCCCAAGCAGUGCAGCUUUUCCGACUGCAUCUGCCGGAAGUGGUUCCAUAAAGAGUCAGCCUGGUUUGCUGGGAAUGCCUUUAAAUCAGAUCUUGAACCAGCACAAUGCUGCCUCCUUUCCAGCAAGUAGUUUACUCUCAGCAGCAGCCAAAGCACAGCUAGCAAAUCAAAACAAACUUGCUGGUAACAACUGUAGCAGCAGUAGCAAUUCUGGAGCUGUUGCUGGCAGUGGCAACACUGAAGGACAUAGCACUUUAAACACCAUGUUCACUCCUACUGCCAACAUGCUUCUCCCAACAGGGGAAGGGCAAAGUGGUCGAGCAGCACUAAGAGAUAAGCUGAUGUCUCAGCAAAAAGACUCAUUGCGGAAAAGAAAACAGCCACCUACCACAGUGUUGAGUUUGCUCAGACAGUCUCAAAUGGAUAGUUCUGCAGUUCCUAAACCUGGACCCGACUUGCUAAGAAAGCAGGGUCAGGGUUCAUUUCCCAUCAGUUCAAUGUCUCAGUUACUACAGUCUAUGAGUUGUCAAAGCUCUCACUUGAGUAGCAAUAGUACCCCGGGUUGUGGGGGCUCAAAUACUGCUUUGCCUUGCUCUGCUAACCAGCUGCAUUUUACAGAUCCCAAUAUGAACUCCAGUGCUCUUCAGAAUUCACUGACACAGAACAUACCUUUGAGAGGGGAAGCCGUGCACUGCCACAAUGCAAACACUAACUUUGUUCACAGUAACAGCCCAGUCCCAAACCACCAUCUUGCAGGUUUAAUAAAUCAGAUUCAGGCUAGCGGGAACUGUGGGAUGCUCAGUCAGUCGGGCAUGGCUUUAGGAAAUUCAUUACAUCCCAAUCCACCUCAGUCAAGAAUUUCAACGUCCUCCACUCCAGUGAUACCAAACAGCAUUGUUAGCAGCUAUAAUCAAACAAGUUCUGAAGCAGGCGGUUCAGGACCAUCAUCCUCCAUAGCCAUAGCUGGUACCAGCCACCCUGCCAUCACAAAGACAACAUCUGUUCUUCAAGAUGGCGUCAUAGUUACCACCGCAGCUGGAAACCCACUGCAGAGUCAGCUGCCUAUUGGGAGUGAUUUUCCUUAUGUUGGCCAAGAGCACGCACUUCAUUUUCCAUCCAACAGCACUUCAAACAACCAUCUUCCACACCCCUUGAACCCCAGCCUCCUCAGUUCUCUACCUAUCUCUUUGCCAGUGAAUCAACAGCAUCUCCUAAACCAGAAUCUAUUAAAUAUCCUCCAGCCUUCAGCAGGAGAAGGCAAGUCUGAGAUCAACCUCCACCCUUUAGGUUUUCUCAACCCGAAUGUAAACGCUGCUUUAGCUUUUCUCUCCGGUGACAUGGAUGGGCAGGUAUUGCAGCCUGUUCACUUUCAGCUCUUAGCAGCCCUGCUUCAGAACCAAGCCCAAGCAGCUGCCAUGCUUCCCCUGCCAUCUUUCAAUCUGACCAUCUCAGAUCUUUUGCAACAGCAAAAUACCCCUUUACCCUCAUUAACACAGAUGACAGACCCACCAGACCAUUUGCCAAGCAAUCAGUCAGAGAACAGCCGAGCUGAGACCCUUUUAACCAGCCCCCUGGGGAACCCUUUACCGAGUUUUGCAGUCAGUGACACUACUUUUAACCCCCUGUUCCUCCCAGCUGUCACUGGGGCCUCAGGAUUAAUGGCCUUGAAUCCCCAGCUGUUGGGAGGUGUCCUGAACUCAGCAUCGGCCAACACCGCUAAUCAUCCAGAGGUUUCCAUAGCAACUUCCUCCCAGGCAACCACUACCACAACCACUACAUCAUCAGCAGUGGCAGCACUGACUGUCUCAACACUUGGUGGGACAGCAGUGGUGUCAAUGGCAGAAACAUUGCUGAAUAUAUCUAAUAAUGCUGGGAAUACACCUGGUCCAGCUAAACUCAACAGUAACUCUGUGGUGCCACAGCUACUUAACCCUCUACUGGGGACAGGUCUGCUUGGUGACAUGUCCUCAAUAAACAAUACAUUGAAUAACCAUCAACUGACUCAUCUGCAGUCGCUGUUAAACAACAAUCAGAUGUUUCCUCCAAAUCAGCAGCCGCAGCAGCAACUUCUCCAGGGGUACCAGAACCUGCAAGCAUUUCAAGGACAGCCCACAAUUCCUUGCCCGGCUAACAGUAACCCUAUGGCUUGUCUGUUUCAGAACUUUCAGGUGAGAAUGCAGGAAGAUGCAGCUCUCCUAAACAAAAGAAUAAGCACUCAGCCGGGGCUCACAGCUCUUCCUGAGAAUCCAAACACCCCACUUCCACCUUUCCAAGAUCCAUCUUGUGAGUUGCAGCCGAGGAUUGACUCAUCUCUUGGUCAGCAGGUGAAGGACGGCCUCAUUGUGGGCGGCCCAGGCGAUGCUUCUGUGGAUGCCAUUUACAAAGCAGUGGUUGAUGCAGCCAGCAAAGGAGUGCAGGCUGUCAUCACCACUGCAGUCAACAGUACAACUCAGAUCAGCCCCAUUCCAGCUCUGAGUGCCAUGAGUGCCUUCACUGCCUCGAUUGGUGACCCAUUAAGUCUCCCCAGUGCUGUCAGUGCAGUCAUUCAUGGACGAAACAUGGGCAGUGUCGAUCAUGAUGGUAGGCUAAGGAAUGCAAGAGGGGCUCGGCUGCCCAGGAAUCUGGACCAUGGGAAGAACUCAAAUGAAGGAGAUGGGUUUGAAUAUUUCAAGUCAGCAAGUUGCCACACAUCCAAAAAACAGUGGGAUGGGGAGCAAAGCCCUGGAGGGGAGCGAAACAGGUGGAAGUGUGAGGAGUUCUUAGAUCAUCCAGGCCAUGUCCACAGUAGUCCUUGUCACGAAAGGUCCAACAAUGUCUCCACACUGCCAUUUCUGCCUGGGGAACAGCACCCAGUAUUGUUACCACCAAGAAACUGUCAAGGGGAUAAAAUUCUGGAGGAAAAUUUCAGGUAUAAUAACUACAAAAGAACUAUGAUGAGUUUUAAGGAGAGACUAGAGAACACUGUGGAAAGAUGCGCACACAUUAAUGGGAACAGACCUCGACAGAGUCGGGGCUUUGGAGAGCUGCUGGGCACUACAAGGCAAGACCUGGUCCUAGAGGAGCAAUCUCCAAGCUCCUCAAAUAGUUUGGAAAAUUCUCUAGUCAAAGACUACAUCCAUUACAAUGGAGACUUUAAUGCCAAAAGCAUUAAUGGGUGUGUGCCUAGCCCUUCAGACGCUAAGAGCAUUAGUAGUGAAGAUGACCUAAGGAAUCCAGAUUCCCCUUCUUCAAAUGAGUUGAUACAUUAUAGGCCAAGGACGUUCAACGUUGGCGACUUGGUCUGGGGCCAAAUCAAAGGACUCACUUCUUGGCCUGGAAAAUUAGUAAGAGAAGACGACGUUCACAAUUCAUGUCAACAAAGCCCCGAGGAAGGGAAGGUGGAGCCCGAGAAGUUGAAGACACUAACAGAAGGUUUAGAAGCCUACAGCCGAGCCCGGAAAAGGAACAGAAAAAGUGGAAAGCUAAAUAACCAUUUAGAAGCUGCUAUUCAUGAGGCCAUGAGUGAACUGGACAAAAUGUCUGGGACUGUUCACCAAAUCCCACAGGGAGACAGACAAAUGAGACCCCCCAAACCCAAGAGGAGGAAGAUCUCCAGAUAACAGGGACUACUCCACCAAUGCGCAGUGUUUAUUAAAGGAACGUGCACAGAUAUUAUCUCUAUAUAGGUAUUGAUAUAGCCACUGUUAUAUCAGUAUUUAUACUAUGGCAGAUAGCUACCACCACCACAGGGUGCUAAAAGAAACAGUGAUACGAUAUUUUUUUUUGAUGAGGAAGGAUAAUGAAUGCUGGAAAACCAAUCAAAAUCCCUGAAUGAUGAGAGUAAUAAAUGGUCAAGAGAUUACUGAGAAACUUUUUCUAUAAUACUAAAAUUGUGAUUAUAAGAAAUGUCCACAUGUUUCUGAAGAAUUUUCAAUGUUGUAUAUAGAAAAUGCAGAAUUUCAUGGCGAUAUCAGAAAUGUAAAUAUUGUACAAUAUUGUCAUGUACAAGCGUACCUAAUGCACACUUUAUCUUUUAUUGUACAAAGAAAUAGUGUACAAAAUCCUUUGGUUUCUAUGGAGUACACCUACCAGAGACUACCAGUGUAAAGUGAUAAAUAAAAAUACAACCUAAAUGCUUUUCUAUGAUAAUGUAAAAGAUGCUGUUUUUGUAUUUAACAGCAGAGAAAAGGCAUGACGAUGUAUUACCUGAAUUAUGACAUACAUUGCACACCACCGAGUGUCCAUUUCUAUUGUCUGUUUGGAAUGAACCUUAUCCGGAAGCACUGGACCCGAUUUCGGGUGCCUAGGAAAUCAAAACCUUGCAGAUUCCUAAAGGGAUGAGGGCUCACAGGUCUAAAUUAAGAAUUCAGAAACUGCAACCAUUUGUUGCAUAUUUUUUUUACCUAAGUUUUAAAGUAGAAUAGGUUUUAUAAAAAAAAAAAAAUCUUAGAUGGAAUAUUUUACUCAGUCAUUUCUGUAGUUAAUGUUUGAUAGCCACCUCUUGACUCAGAUAGCUUAGGCCGCACCACCACGGAUGCUCAGAGUUGAAUUUUUUUGGCAAACAAUACCGGACAAGAUAAAACUCUGUUUCCACACCUGGAGGCAAAAGCCCCCCUUCAAAACCAUUAUCAGAGGUAAGGUUGAUUAUAAGUCAGUUUUCUUGUAGUGGCAAAAAAAAAAAAAAAAAAAAAAAAAUACCAAUCAUCACAGCAAGUGUCAUAGCCAUUCAUCAGUAUUACUCAAACCAGAAGUGAAGGUGGCUUACAAAAUUAUUAGCAAUGGUAAUUUUUUAUCAGUAUUAUGUAACAUAUCAGAUUUAUUUUAUUUAAAGAAUUAUUUAUACCAUUAACAGAUUCUUAUAUAUAUUAAUGUGGCUGAAAUGUGCAGGUUAAAUCUAUUAACCAAAUUAUUUAUAUUAUAUUAAGUAAGAAAAAAAAUGUGAAACAAAUGUAGAGAGAAAAUACUACAUUACAAGUAUACAAACCUAAAACUGUGAGCCAUUGUAAAGUACAAGGUUAUUAAUAAGAAAUGUAGCACAACAUGA